UUCUUUCUUUGAUUAUUUUUAGGUACCUGGAAAGAUCGUCAUAUAUAACCAAAAAUUUGUUUCAUACGGUGAAACUGUAAAAUAUCGAACUAAUGGUGGGACGCAAGCCUCGAAAUAUGGGGCUGUCGCUGCCCUAGUUCGAUCAGUUACGCCAUAUUCGUUGUAUACUCCGCACACGGGUCAUCAAUCGUACGGUGAGAAUGUGACUAAGAUUCCAGUGGCUUCGAUCACUGUCGAAGAUGCUGCGUUGUUGAAAAGAAUGGCGAAUAGAGGUGAAGUGCUUGAAAUCAAUUUGAAAAUGGAAGCGAGAAAUCUACCAUCCUCGGUAUCGCGAAAUGUAAUUGCCGAUUUCCAAGGUUCCGCAAAUCCUCAAAAGAUUGUCGUUGUUUCUGGCCAUAUCGAUAGUUGGGAUGUUGGUCAAGGAGCAAUGGACGAUGGUGGUGGUGCAUUCAUUUCGUGGCAGGCUGUGAAACUAUUGAAACAUCUUAAUUACAGACCACGACGAACAGUUAGAUUGAUCAUGUGGACAGCAGAAGAAAUGGGAUAUAUAGGAGCUCUGGAUUUCAUCAAGACUCAUAAAUCUGAACAAAAUAAUUUACAGUUUGUAAUAGAGUCGGAUGGAGGCACGUUCACGCCUUUGGGCAUUGAAUAUACUGGAACAGAUGUAGUUGGAUGCAUCUUACAAAGGAUUAUGACUCUUUGCUCUUCUCUGGGAAACAUGAAGGUUCGCAGUCCCAGUCAAGGACCCGAUAUCGCUACUUGGAUAAACGAAGGUGUACCAGGAGCUUCUCUUUGGAAUCAGGAUGAUAAAUAUUUUUAUUACCAUCAUACGAACGCGGAUACUAUGUUGGUUGAGGAUUCAGAAGCUCUUGACAAAGGAACAGCUCUUUUCGCUGCACUGUCAUAUAUUCUUGCCAAUCUUAGUAUAGAUUUACCACGACACAAAUGAUGAAACUAUUAUAUUAUUAAUGAAAAAAAUUUAU